AUGGGGAACGUUCGUGCCUAUGACCCUGACCCUGUCAUCCCGCCGGAUGAUGUGAAGUUGCAAGAUUUCUCCUUCAAGCUUAUCCAAGUGGAGGCUGUGGCUGGCCAGACUGAUGGCAGAAAAUUCAGUGACAAGUACAAGGUGAAGGUCCCUGCAAACAUCCGGGGCCGCUAUGCUGAUGAUGUCGUGUUUGGUGGUGACUGGAAGGAGUUGCUGACCGAUUUUGACAAGAAGUUCAACAUCAAGUACUCUGCGCCAGCAUCACCUGCACCAGCAAAGCCGGACACUCCAGAGAAACCACCUUGGGUUGGGGAACCCUCCACAAUGCAGGCUUUGUUGGACCGCUACAAUGUUGAAGCGAAGAUCACCGGGAGACUGCCUGGAACAACAUUGUUUGUUGUUUCUGCUCGUGAUCGGGCAGGCAAAUCAGAAAACAUUGAAGAGCACCAAGAAUUCAAACUGUUCCUCGCAGCUCACAUCCCAGUCGAGAUCGAUCCCGAAGAGUUCAUCCUGGCACAUGGAACAUCACGCUUUCUCCGGCCAGAGAAAGUCCAGGACUUGAAGAGGAAAGGAAAGACAGGACUGCCAUGUUCACACUGA